CGUCACACUAGAGCACUCCAAACACAACCUGCCUUUCUGCGUAGAACCCUUUCCUCGCAACGCCCACGAUGGAGACGCCAUAGCUUCCUCCUGCUAGCAUGAAGCCAUACUGUGAUCACUUACCGCCAAAAUUAGGGACGAGAAGCCUUAGACAUAUGCAGCGCGCGUUCGUGGUGGCGCGGCAGCGCUGCCUGGUCGCCAAACCUAUCCCUCGGCAGCUGCAGCGAUGCGCCAGCACAGCAAGCUCGAAGGCAGUGUCAGUAAGCGCCUCAGCUACUUGUGCGCCAGGCACCGAGCACCGGGUGUCCGCGCCCACCGCGCAAGCCAUGGACUGCCUCGCCGCGCUGUUUGCGUCUCACAUACGAGCUGGAGACUGCUACUGCCUGUUCGGGGCAGUGGGAGCUGGCAAGAGCGUGUUCAGUCGGUCUUUCAUCCGCGCGGUCGCCGAGGAUGACUUUCUGCCGGUGCCCUCGCCCACGUUUCUGCUCCAAAACACAUAUGACGAGCACCAGGGACCGCCGAUUCACCACUUUGACUUCUACCGGCUCGCGUCGGUCCAGGACUUCAACCGGCUCGACCUGGAGGGCUCGCUCACCCGCGCUGUGUGCCUGAUGGAGUGGCCCGAGCGCCUGCCGGUACUGCCUGGCGAGUACCUGGCGGUCAACAUCGAGGUGGUUGAUGAGCUGCCGGAGCUACCGCCCCAGUCCGCAAGCAGCGCCGGCAGCGGCGACUUCCCAGGCGCGCUGGUGCUGCCAUCGCUCGGCAUCCGCCGCAGCCGCAAGGCGCCGCGCGGGCGCGCCUUCGCGGUUAGCGACAGCUAUGACAGCGACAGCGAGAGCUCAUUCGUGGCAACCGACUCGGCCUACAGCGAUGUGGACACGGAGCAGGAGCUGGAGGAGUUCACGGACCGCCGGCCGCGAAUCGUGACGCUGACACCCUUCGGCAGCUACUGGGAGGGUCGCGCGCGACGAAUCAUGAGCUACAUCGCCGCGCACAGUCACGCCUGCGAGGGCCUUGUGGUGCUCAACUACCAGGAGUCAGAGACGGCGGCGGUGGCAGCCAGCAACGGCAGCAGCGGUGUAGCGGCGGGCGCGGCGGCAGGCGUUUGCGGUGGCAGCGGCGGCGCUGAAUAAGCGUGUGGCUGCGUGUUUCACUGACCAGGGACAGGUCGGGGGGGGGGCGCAGUGAUGUGAAGCAAACAUUUCAGCUGUGGCGGUAGCAGCAGCGGCGGCAGCAGCUCAGAGCUGCCGCGGAGCUAGCAGCAGUAGCAGUAGCAAUUUUGGUCACGUCUUGGGGGCGUGCUUUGGUGUCCUACAACGGUGGGCGCCCCUUGCGGGCCAACCGCUGGAGCGAAUGGCUGCACGGUGUGCCCACCCGGUAGCGGCA